GAUUUGAUGUUUCGGUUUGGAAUGAAGCAAGCAAUUUGUUUUUAUCAGUAAAAUUCAAUCGAUUUUAAUACCGAAACCAAACCUACAUUCUCAGAAUAUUGUUCUGUUUACAGUCAUCGACACAUUCAAUUCAGUGAUUCGUUGUGACAAAACAUUGGAAAGUUGGCGCUGAUUUACAUAUUGUGGAUGUAAAUAGGGGUCAUUUGAUCUCUAUGCGCGUGCUAAAACGUUUUUAAAUUGGCAACAUUCGUAUUUUGGCACGCGAUCAAACGACAAUAUUCGAUUUUGUUGCACUUGACAUUCAAAAUUUGUUCAUUAAACGCUUUAUUUACAUCGAUCGAUUCUAAUGUAACACACUUCCACGGCGCAUCUGUUUGAUUUGUUUUAGUUCAAAUUUAUGUGCGCGAGCGCGUGCACAUCUUAUUGUGGCGGAAGUCAAUUUUUUUUUGAGAAAUCAUAUUUGUUGAUUUAUUCAUUCCGAUGCCGCUGCCGCAAUAUUUACAGUGAAAUAAGAUUUGCAAAUUUUUAAUUUUUUUACAUUGAAUCAGUAGAGUGUCUUCCUUAUACAUCCACUUAAUGUGUGUCAAUAGAGUGUCAUUGUUGUUGUUAUUGUUGCUGUUUUGGCGCUUAUCUUGUGAAUAAUAAAUCAUUGCGAAUUGAUGUGAUAGAUAAAAGAUUAAAAAAAAAAUAAGAAAAAAAGUCAAAAAAAGCAUUACACAUUUGUAUGACAAAAACUGUAUCAAAGAUCAAUUCAUGGCAACAAUUAACGGUGAACAUUUGAGUUCUUACCUUCUGUUAACAAAAGAGAUAUCCACAUAUUGUGUCUGAACAAUAAGUAAGAGAAAUAAAUAAACGAAGUGGAAAUAAGGUUGUUGGAUGAAGGAAAAAAAAAGUAUUCACAAAAACUUUGGUUUUAGAAAGAGACGAGGUUCAGUCAAAGGAAGACAAAUCUACGUUGAACAACGGUUUCUAUGUGUUAAUUGACAUUAAUCAAGCAUUACAAUUGUAAUACUUUCUUGCCACGCUACCAUUUCAGUGUAGUUUUGUUUGAUUUGCACAACGAGAAAAAGAAAACACACGCACAAAAUAUGCUUGCUACUAAAACAGUGAUAAUAAUUUUAGGCUUUCUUUAUGCUCCAUUAAAAUUUUACCGCGAUUACAAAUAUGAUAAACGAUCGAGAAUAUCGAAUCGACUUUGGUUUGUCAUUUUGUGGUUGCUCGUGAUUGAAUUGGGCAUUUUUCCGCAUGUGAAACGCGGUUUUUACUGUGAUGAUCGUUCCAUUGCAAUGCAAUAUAAUGGAGAAACAGUUACAACGGGGGCAUUGCUAUUUACCGUUUUAUUAAUUUAUCCAAUUUUAUGGAUAUGUGAGGCAUGCUACUUUGUACCAGUAUCAAUGAAGUCGUCACGAUUCAUUGAAUCGGCAAGACGGGCAUGGAGAUGGUUCAAGGAAUUUUUAUACGGCAUCACCUUACAUUUGUUCGUUAUCGAUGGUAUCAAGGUGUUAUUCGGUGAACUAAGACCACAUUUCUUGGAUACAUGCCGGCCUGAUGCUUUGCAAACCUGCACCGGAGGACAAUAUGUUAUUGAUUACAAAUGCACCAAUGACAUUGACAGUUCGUGGUUUGUUCGCGAUGCAUCAAAAUCAUUCCCGUCCGGUCAUUCAUCGACAUCAUUUUACGAAGCGAUCUUUUUAAUUUGGUAUCUUCAGAUGCGUACACCAAAAAUCCGGAGCAAAUUAUUGAUACCAACUCUUCAAUGUGUAUUUUUGUUGUAUGCUUUCCUUUGUUCAGUUUCUCGAAUCACCGAUCACCGACAUCAUUGGUGGGAUGUUUUGGCCGGAGCUAAAAUUGGAAUCGUGUUCGCUUCCCUUGUGUGCAUUUUCCUGUGCAAAAACUUCCAAACGAAAAAGGCGCCGAAUGUUGAGCCAAUGAUGCAAAAUGGCAACACAAUUGAUCAUCGGCACACCAGCGUCAGCGUUCGUCGUUUGCUAACCGAAAGAACCAAAGAUGAAUUAAAUUUGAAUCAUGUCGUGGUCCCAUAAAUGAAGCUCGAACUCGCUAUUUAAUUUUUUGUUUGUUUUUUUCGUUCGGUUGUUACGAUUUAGCACAUAUAUGCAUGAAAUUUUAUUGGAGUCUGCAAAAAAAAAUAAUAAUCGAGAAAUGAGACAGAGAGCAAUGAAGAAAAGGCCAAUAUAUUGAGUCAACGUCUAAUACUAUGUGAAGUGAAAAUGCGUUCAAUUAAUUUAACAAAUUGAAAGGGUUCGACAAAAAGAGCGAACAGAGAAAACAUUAAUGAAAAAUAGAUAUGAUAUAAACUAAUGAGAUUUUAUCUAAAAAAAACACAACAAGCGACAGUAUAUACGUAGUUUUAAGGUGUUUUAGAGUGAUUUUGAUAACUACACAUGCUUUUGUUCACUUGUUUAAGUUGAUUAUUGUUUCGAAAAUUUUUCUAAGCAAUUCAUCGAGCAUUGAACAAUAGCGGCUACAAAAUAUGUUUAAUAUUGUUUCCUUAUUUUCUAAAUAUAAUUUAUUUAAUUUCAUAAACGAUAAGAAACACUCGAUAAUAAAACAAAGUAAAUUGAUUUUUUUUUAAACAAUAA